CAACAGGCCUGACGCAACCACCGAAAAAAAAGCCCUUAAAACACACACACAUAGACACAGAGAGAUUUCAGCAGCAAGCCAGAGACAAGAGCAAGACAGAAACCUGAUGGAACCACUGACUGAGCUUUGCAAACCCCAAGUUGCAAACCAGAAGCUGAAGGAGUGACAGAGCAAAAAAAUAUGUCUCUGGCAUAGUAAUUGUCACUCAGCCCCCGGUGUUUUCCGUAAUUAAAGUGACGCCAGAGUGGAGAAGCAGCUGAUGUGGCUGGCUGGCUUACGAGAGCUUGCUUUUGUGAAUCAAGUCAACAGAUGGAAGGUGUUCUCAGAAGAAGGAUCCCCUGAGUUUUGCUGUUGCCCUGAACUUUACAAUCAACCUCUAUAACAUUUUACUAUAGAAGAGGAUGUCUUUGCCCAGAAUCCAAAUAGAAGAGGUGGUGGACAGUGCAGAUGCCUCCUCUGAGAAUGCCACACCCCCCCAUGACCACCUGAGAAGCCUGAAGGCUCUGACGGAGAAACUGAGACUGGAGACCAGGCGCCCUUCCUACUUGGAGUGGAAGGCCAAACUUGAGGACCAGACGUGGAAGAGCCCCAAGCCCUCUGCGGAGGAAGAGGUUAAAGAAGAAAAAAAGGCCACAGAGGAAGCCGCCCCUUUAAGAAAGGUGCAGGUGCAUCUCCAAGGGAGUUCUUCCCAGGAGAAGGUGACUCUUACUUCAGGGAAACUAAGUGGCUUUGAAAGCAUUCAGGAAGCUCUGAAUUGGCUCAGGAAGGAACUGACAGAAAUGCGCCUGCAGGACCAGCAGUUGGCGCGGCAGCUCAUGCGUCUGCGCAGCGACAUCAACAAGCUGAAGAUCGAGCAGACGUGCCACCUGCACCAGCGCAUGCUCAACGACGCCACCUACGAGCUGGAGGAGCGGGACGAGCUCGCCGACCUCUUCUGCGACUUGCCGCUCGUGAGCUCCUUCAGCCUCUCCGCACCCCUCAAGCUCAUCGGCGUCACCAAGAUGAACAUCAACUCCCGCAGGUUCUCGCUGUGCUAGAGGCGGGGCACGGGAGGGAGCGUCCGUGGGGGAGGGCUGGGGGAGCGGAGGUGCAGACAGAGGGAUCCCUCCACUGAACUGCCAGAUCCGAAGACUCACGAGGACGCAGAGGGGAAGAGGUAGAAGGGAGCAGAUCCCACAGCUGCUCUCGCCUCCAGGCCGUGCCGCUGGAUCUCAGCCCUGAGACAGUAUGGAGAAGCCUACAGACAAGCUGGGGUAUUAGAACCACCGUUCAGUCUGCUCCUUUGCAAGUGCAAUCCCACCUCCUCCUCAUCAGUAAGUAAUUGUAAAAGACAGCAGCAGUGCCAGAAGGAUCGGCGAGGCAGCGGGAGGCCACUGGACCUCCCAGGUGCUUGGAAAUCAAAGGGAAGGUUAGAAGUACAGCCGCACACCAAAGCAAAACCCCUUUCAUCCAGCUGGGGCCAGAACCCGUGGCUCCUCUACAAACCAAUGAUACCCCUCUGUUUGGAGGGGCCAAAGGUUGCUAUCUUGGAUAGAAAGCUGGUUUCCAAUGGCAGCCGCGCCUCCAAGGCAUGAGGGAUAGUGGGUUUACGUUGUGCACAAUCCCAAAAGAACGGCAGAGAAGCUAGGCUUGUCCUGUCGUGUGCCUUUGCGGUGAAUGGUAACUAUGGACAUCGUACACAUUUAUACAGCGAUCCAGGCUGGUCUGUGCCCCCUGAAGGAUAUGAUCAGGGCUGCAAAUGUGCUGGAUCUCAUUCUUGACUUGUUUUCUCUACAACAGCUGUAUGAGUCAGCUCUGUUAUCCGACUAAGAAACAUAGAGCAAUAUACCAAAACUGUGAUGGCCCACAUCCCCAUCCCACUCGGCCAACGCUCCACAGGAUCAGCCUCCAGCGUGCCAGGAUAGCCGGCUCCAAAUAAAACAAGGAAAUGUAAAGAGGAAAAUGGAUAUUUUCCCUAGUGAUUGUGGUAGUAAGAAUUACUGUAAAAUGAAUACAAGAAGGAGAGCUAGUGCCAAGUCUGCUGUUGAUCUGUGGCAUGAGCAUGUGCUCAGCAACACGGAGAGUGACCAGUUACGGCCAAGCAGAGCCAUCGGGCUAUAUUGUAUCAGGAUUGUUUCAUGACCCUGCUGCCGUCCCUUCUAAGCCUUCACCGAACACAGAUCUCUGGGGCAGUGCCCGCCCUUCUGCACAAGCAUAAAGGCACAUCUGUCCCUAAUUUGCAUUACUCAUCAUGCUGGGCCAGCUGUGCUCUCCCCUACCUGUGAGAUCAGCUUCACAAAUCCAUUUCCCGAGUGUCAGCUUGGAGGAAGCUCCUCUGGUGAAUGGCAGAGGGCGGAGACAGAGGCAUCCGCAUGGCUUUGAUCGCAAAUUUUAUAUUGUAUAUAAGCCAAUCAGACUCCACAGGGACCAAGAAAGGAAUGACAGGGCAGUGAAGUCUUUUGGGGUUAGUUUUUUCCUUCCCUUGAAUGAUUUGGGCUUUAGUAGCUGCAGGGUGUCAAUAUCAAUUAAUAGGAAACAACAGCAGUUUUCAGAGUGAGAAGUGGUUCAGGAUUGUCACUGGAGGUAAUUAACCAAUCCUUAGUGCAGUAAGGCAUGCCAGUUAGCCACCUCUUGUGCAUGGGGUAUUAAUCUCCCAGAAACCGGUCGGGGGUCUGUCACGGGGGUGUGACCACUGCUAACAUCCAGUCUUGAUUAAAGUAUCGACAGUAUCCUACAGCACUGGUCCAGCACUGCAGUAUUCUGUAGCAAUGGCUGAUUACUAUGGUAAUAGUAAUACCCACCUCUUUACAGUGCUUUUGAUUAGCAGAUCGCAAAGCAAUUUACAAAGGAGGUCAGUAUCGUUAUCAAUACCCAGAAAGGCACUGGAACAAAUUACCAAACAAUCAUUAGUAAGCACCUAGAGCAUAAUAGGGUUAUCAGGAAUAACCAGCAUGGAUUUGUCAAGAACAAAUCAUGCCAAACCAACCUAAUUUCAUUCUUUGGGAGGCUUACUGGCCUAGUUGAUAUGGGGGAAAGCAGUAGAUGUGAUAUAUCUUGAUUUCAAUAGGCUUUUGACACAGUCCCAUAUGACAGGU